AUGGGUGCAGAUGAACCACGAUUUCGUGUACUACAUGUUAGCAAUAUUUCGAUCACAGCAACACGUGAGCAGAUAUAUCAACUUUUUGCUUUUAUUGGACGAAUUGACGAAUUUAAGAUUUACCCUUCUGAUAAUCAUCCACAGUUAUCGACAUUUACUCAGAAAUUUGCGUACGUUAAAUUUGAAGAUCAGAAAUCGGUCGAAGUGGCGCAGCACCUGACGAACACUGUCUUUAUCGAUCGUGCUCUUGUUUGCAUCCCAUCUAUAUCAGAUAUAAUACCGGAUGAGGAUACAGCACUGAAAACAGGUGGGCCAGCAUGGCCAGGGCAGCGUCAAUUACCACCAAAUGUUGUUAAUCAAGUCCAGGAUUUGGGAGACGGGCAACAAAUGUGUCUAUUCUCUUGUCCACCCCAUUACAUGCGUUUCGCUGAUUUGAGAGAAGCUUUGCUUACAGUGGACCCAACAUUGGCUGCACUUGGCUUACCACCGUAUCCAACACUGAGUGCGAAUACAGAAGCAUCAAAAGUAGAAGAAAUCCGUCGCACAGUAUAUGUUGGUAAUAUACCGAAGGACUGUGUUGGUGAAGAAGUGAUGAAGUUUUUCAACGACAGCAUUGGUGAA